AUGUCGAUGAAAGCUCAAAAUGACGAGUUUGGAGUGAAGAUUGAAAUCAGAGAAUGGGAAUUGAACGGAACUAGCACUGUUUAUGACAAUCAAGUUGCCGCCCCCUCCGACGAUUCUUUGCGAAUCCAGUGGAUUCUAUUCAUAUCCAUGUUGUCACUGGCAGUGAUUCUGAUGGUCUUUGUAUUCGUUGCAAUAUUGAGAGACAAAAAAUGUCGCCGCAAUCCAUUCAACAUCUACAUCCUAUUCCUUCUUGCUCCGGACAUCAAUUUUUCCGCAUCUUGCAUUGCCUCCUGCGGCUUGAAUCUACACAAAGUUCGGUAUUUUUCUGUUGACGGAUGUGUGUUUCAGUCUCUCUAUUGCAUGUUUGCGAUUACAUCAAGUACGUGGAUAAAUGCAAUUGUGGUGUAUCAGUUGCACAGAAUGUUGAAAUGCUCGAGAAAUGCGAUACGAUAUCACCCCCCUACGCGAGAAAUGGUGAUCAAGCAGUGUCUGAUAGUCUAUGCAUUUGCAUUAUUCGUGGCCUCAUGGUCAAACUGGGGAGUUUCCGAAACUUGGUGGCCAAUUCGUAACAAUGUCUACAGUGGAGUGUUUUGCCUACCGAUGCCAUAUGACUUUCGUAGCACGCUGUUCUUCUACCUACUAUACGCUCCGCUGGUGUUCUUCCUACCGCUGUUCUACAUCUGCUACGUCGUCUUUGACAUUGCAAAGAACAAGCUUCUUCCGCAUCGAGAGCAACGAAAGACUUUGAUGAUCUUUUUCCGAUUGUUAUUGGUAUACUUUGUGAUGUGGGUCCCUGCUCUUUUUCUAACGUUUGUGGCUGGCAAUUGGCUGUCCUGGCAAUAUGUGACCUUUGGAGCAAUGUGGGCGCACCUACAAGGAGCCGUCUCGGCUGGAACUUGCAUUCAAAAGCCAGACAUUCAGGUAGCUUGUAAUAAUCUUGUGUUUUGUUGUACAAGGAAAAAGGAUCAGGCUGUGUUGGAACCCAUCCCAACCACUCUUGAGAAACCAGCCCAAGUAUUUCUCGGAAUCAAAGAGAAGAGCGCAUCACUUAACUUGAUCGAUGAAGAGCAGCAAAAGGAUGACGAUUCAAUUCGCGAUUCCGACAGUGAUGAUGCACUGACGAACAGUUACGAAAGCAGGGGAAGCAGCAGCUGCUGCAGCAGCGGGACAGUGAAUAAAAGCGCAUAUGAAAUAGCCUUGGGUCUUGAAGCUGGAGAAUUGCAUUCUAUUCCCCCAUUCAGCGAGUCUGGCACAAGUAACGGAGCAAACGAAAGUUGA